UAUGGAACGGAGAGGUUUAGAGAGAAAAGGCCCCCCUUCUAUUCCCCACCCUCCAUCUCUCUCUCUCUCGCUCUCUCUCGCUCUCUCUCUCUCUCUCUCUCUCAAAACAUACUGACAACGCUGGCGUAGAGUCUCACACACAGUCACUGCUGCAGUGAAGGAAAUAUAUUAUGUAGACCUUUCGUUUAAUAUUUCUAAUUUCGUUUGUCGUAUUCUUCCUCUUUUUUUCUGGUGGAUAAACGGAUUGAUGCGACCCAUCGUUCAUGGGGUUCUUUUAAAAUUCCAUCGUCCUAAUGCCGACUUAAUAAGGAGAAAUCAUUAAUAUGAAUCAGAAAUAGGACCUAAUACAACAGGAGACUGCGUAGUAUUUAUUGCGUUUAUCAUGCACACGAUGUAACAUACGGUAAAUAUAUUAAAUAGGCUACCGCUUAAAUUACCGAACACAUUUCCGGAAUAAAAACGUGAGUAUGUAAAGGGACAAACGCAUUGGCCACUAGUAAUGUAUAAAGGACAGACAGCGUUCCAAGGUUCCGCGGAUAUUCUUAUUUUGAAGGGGCGAGAGGGAAGAAGAAACUAUACAUCGGCGCUUUAUUCCCGAUGAGCGGCGGCUGGCCAGGUGGACAGGCGUGCCUCCCGUCUGCCCAAAUGGCGCUGGAGUUGGUGAAUAAAAGAACUGAUAUUUUACCGGAUUACGAGCUGGAGCUGAUACACUAUGACAGUAUGUGCGAUCCAGGGGAGGCCACCAAGCUGCUGUAUGACCUGCUGUACACAGAGCCCAUUAAGAUCGUCCUGAUGCCCGGCUGUAGCUCAGUCUCCACGCUGGUGGCAGAGGCGGCGCGGAUGUGGAAUCUCAUUGUGCUGUCCUAUGGCUCCAGCUCUCCAGCACUGUCCAAUCGACAGCGCUUUCCCACCUUCUUCCGCACGCACCCCUCGGCCACCCUGCACAACCCCACCCGUGUGCAGCUCUUCCAGAAGUGGAAAUGGACCAAAAUUGCCACCAUCCAACAAACGACUGAGGUUUUCACUUCGACUCUGGAUGAUUUGGAGCAGAGAGUGAAGGAGGCUGGGAUAGAGAUCAGCGUGAGACAGAGCUUCCUCACUGACCCUGCCGUGGCUGUCAAAAACCUCAAGCGUCAAGAUGCCAGAAUUAUUGUGGGCCUCUUCUAUGAGACUGAAGCCAGGAAAGUCUUCUGUGAGGUUUUUAAAGAGAAGCUCUAUGGAAAGAAGUAUGUGUGGUUUCUGAUUGGCUGGUAUGCAGACAACUGGUUCAAGAUUAAAGAUCCGGCCAUCAACUGCACUGUGGAGAACAUGACAGAGGCUGUAGAGGGGCAUGUCACCACGGAGAUUGUCAUGCUCAACCCCGAGACUGUCCGUGGGGCGUCAAACCUGACUUCUCAAGAGUUCCUGGCUCAGCUGAUGUCUCGGUUGGGAGGGAAGAACCCAGAGGAGACUGGGGGCUUCCAGGAGGCGCCCCUGGCAUACGAUGCUGUGUGGGCCCUGGCCUUGGCCCUCAAUAAGACUGUAGGCCCGCUAAAAGUCAAGGGACGGAGACUGGAGGAUUUCAAUUACAACAACCGUGACAUUACUGCUGAGAUAUACAGGGCGCUGAACACCAGUUCCUUUGAGGGAGUGUCUGGUCAUGUGGUAUUUGACGCCCAGGGUUCGAGAAUGGCUUGGACUCUGAUUGAGCAACUGCAAGGAGGCAGCUAUAAGAAGAUUGGGUACUAUGACAGCACUAAAGGAAAUCUGUCCUGGUAUGGAAAUGACAAGUGGAUAGGUCCCGGCCCCCCAGCAGACCAGACUGUUGUAAUAGAGGAGUUCAGGUUCCUGUCUCAGAAGCUCUUUAUCUCUGUAUCGGUGUUUGCUGGGCUAGGAAUCCUGCUGGGGAUCGUGUGUCUCACCUUCAACAUCUACAACAGCAAUGUGAGGUACAUUCAAAACUCACAACCUUACCUGAACAAUAUGACAGCGGUGGGCUGUAUGAUGGCAUUGGCUGCUGUGUUUCCCCUUGGGAUUGAUGGACACCAUGUUCAUAGGGCGCAGUUUCCUGUGGUUUGCCAGUUUCGCCUGUGGCUCUUGGGUUUGGGCUUCAGUCUUGCUUAUGGAAGCAUGUUCACAAAAAUUUGGUGGGUUCACACCGUCUUCACCAAAAAGGAUGAGAAGAAAGAGAAGAGAAAGCAGCACCUGGAGCCCUGGAAACUCUAUGCCACUGUGGGGGUGUUAUUGGCCAUCGACAUCCUGUCUCUAAUGAUCUGGCAAAUCGUGGACCCUUUACACAUCACAGUUGAGAAGUUCACUAAAGAGGCACCGAAAGGGGACUUGGAUGUUCUGAUUCAGCCACUCCUGGAGCACUGCAGUUCUGAGAAGAUGAACACAUGGCUUGGGGUGGUGUAUGGAUACAAAGGCUUAUUGUUGCUGCUUGGGAUAUUCCUGGCUUAUGAAACCAAGUCGGUCUCGACAGAGAAGAUUAAUGACCACAGAGCAGUGGGAAUGGCCAUCUACAAUGUGGCUGUGCUGUGUAUGAUCACGGCUCCAGUCACCAUGAUCCUCUCUUCUCAGCAGGAUGCCUCCUUCGCUUUUGCCUCUCUGGCCAUCGUUUUCUCUGUCUACAUCACCCUGGUUGUGCUCUUCAUUCCCAAGAUGCGGAGAUUAAUCACUCGAGGGGAGUGGCAGUCAGAACAGCAGGACACCAUGAAGACUGGCUCCUCCACAAACAAUAACGAUGAGGAAAAAUCACGCCAACUGGAGAGGGAGAACCGAGAACUGCAGAAGAUCAUACAGGAGAAGGAAGAGAGGGUGUCUGAACUGCGCAGCCAGCUGGCUGAAAGACAGGCCCUGCGAUCCCGCAGACGACCCUCCACACAGAACCAGAACCACAGCACCCCCCCGCCCCCGUCGUCGCAGAACGACCCCAAGUCCCUCCUCCCUCCGCCUGGAUAUCCCAUCCCUUCAUCAGAGAACCACGCCCUCCCCCCGUCUUUCUCCAACUCCUCAAACCUUUACCAGGCCGACAGCAAGAUCGGCCGCAACCACUGCCACACCAGCCGGCUGCAGCUGCUCUACAAGUGAGCGAGAGAGGAGGGAGGCCGGCGGAGACAGACAGAGGACAGUGUCGUUACGAGAGGGGGCCGGUGAGAGGGAAUGGCUGUGUUCUGUGUGGCGUAGAAGUAUUUAUCAGCGAGAGAAAGAGAACAGUGUAAGGUGCGCAAAAGGAAUUUGUCAAGAACACAUUUUAAUUGAGGCUAUUUCUCUUUUUCUCUGUCGCUUAAUGAAAUACGGUAACACUUCAGGCAGUUACUGAAAAUUAAUUGAAUUACAUCUGAUAUGUUUUCGAUUAGUGCUUGAAGGUUGUUGUAAGCUCUCAAAAAAGAUGAAUGAGCGUUAAAAUGGACCCUGAGAUAGUGCUUGAUAGAAUGCGCCAGCCCUUUACCAGGGCUUGCAGAGGUUUUCUCCUUUGCCCCUGCUUGGUUUGUUUGUACUCCAACACUGUCCUUGUGUUUAGUAAAAUUAUUGACGUUUUUUACAGAGGAUGUCAAAUUAGUCACAAGCUGCAAUUAGAUUUUAUGUUAACAUUGUUUUCUUUAAAGAGCAAGGUAUUCACUUAUUUUGUUUCAUUUCUAUUUGUAUCAAAUUAAUUAACCUGUUACACAUUGUUAAUUUUACAUAUACACUACUGACCAGUGGUGUGGCAUGAAACAGAUCCCAGGUCAGUUGCUACUUCACUCGUGCAGCGCACAUAUUAUAAUGGCCACACUUCUGGCCCAUGAUUUGGAAACAAGCAGCUACCGUGUCAUUGACCUCUGGGCUGGAGCAACCCAGUGAAAACAAAAUGAUCACCAUCCACUGUAUUUCAUAUUCACUGCAUUGUUCUAAGGAUGGGAUGACACCACAGAAAAUUUCUCAGAAAGUCAAAAAUAAAUCAGCAAGCACAGAUUUAUCUCCCUCUGAUCUGUGCUGUUUUUUAUGUCAAAAAUCAAGUUAACUGCAACUGUAAUCAGCACUUAAGUAUGUGUUGGGGAGUUUUCCUCACCUAACGAAAACUAUUUUGGUGUUUGAUGUUGCUACAUUAAAGUAAUUUUUUCCCUUUGGAAUGAGGUGAAGGUCUCUUAAGUUUGAACCUGAAGAAACAAACAUUGCAAAUUGAGUUGGGGUUAAGCUUCUUAAUGGGAUCACAGCCACAGUUUAUUUCAUGAGGAAAAUUGUUCUUAUGGGCUAAACACAUAUACAUUGCAUAUCUACAACCUGCUCUAACUCUGCUCAGCUGAGCAUCACACUACAUUUAGGCUUGAAAAAUUUGUAGGAUCUACUCCUGACAUUGCUGAACCUGUUGGUAAAAAUAGUUGGUAUUAGUGACCAAAGUAAUAAAAAAAGCAAAGAAAUCAUGUUCUUGGUGUGCCACUAAACGGAUAAAGGCCUUUAGUUGCAAUGAAUACUGCUUCCAAAAAGCUUUUCACUUCAGGCAGUUGGCAUCAUCAGUUGGAAAAAGAGAUAAGAAAAUAUCUAAUUUCUGGAUGAAUGUACUGUAUAGAAAUGUAUUUCACAACGCGAGAACAACAUGCAACAUAUCUGGAAUGGGAUUCUGUCCUGAGUAUUUACACUGGCACUUUGUGCAUACAACAAAAAGUUAUAUUAACCCAAUUCCUUCCCAGUUGGUCAAUUUGCAUUACAAAUUACAAAUUGUCUUUUGAUCCCUGCCUCGUUGUCUACAUAUGUUUUUCCAGAAUUUAGUUUCAAAUCUGUAAGCAUUGAGGCUAUUUAACAUUACCAAACCUUUUUUGCGCUUUAUGUGCCUAUUUUUCAGUUUAAUCAAUUAUUCAUCUUUGCUUUUAAGAAACAUAGACCUUAUAUAAAUGUACACAGGUAUAGUAUGAAGGCAUCUUUUACCCUUUCAGUAAAGUUUAUCUGUAAAUCUCCAUUCGCUUUUCUACAGUGUUCUUAAUCAUCUUUCUUCUCUGAACAUGUUUUGUUACGAAAUAUUUUUAUUGAUCGAAACCACAUCUGUUAAUUGUCGUACCUUCCAAUGUAUGUCUAAGAGAGAAAUACUCGCAGGAAGAUACAUACACACACACGCACACACACAGUCAAACAGUCACACAGUGUGUCAUUAUUAUUAUAAAUGUAUUAACUUGGACAUAUACAGAUGUAUUCCUCUGUGGUUUCAGAAAUAAAUUUAUAUUUACAUUGUUGUUCAAUAUAAGAUUAUGUGGUAUGCAAAGGGAAUGGUUGUUACAAUAAACUCAUUGUUUUUCACUGAAUGUA